AUGCCCCCUAAAAUGCCGGUCAUCGCGCCGCCUUCCCCCUCACCCCCUCCACCUACUGCAAACGACGCUCAGGAUAUAUUGAUCAUUCAAGAUAUCAUGGAUACCCUCGAUCAGAUCCCACCGGAGCUGACUAGGGUUUAUAGUGAUUUGAAUGAACUGGGUGCUGUACUUUACUCAACCCUUCUUAGUCUCGAGAAAAAGCUAUAUACACUCAUCAACUGGAUUCAAGAUCCCGAUAUCAAACCGGAACAACGGUUUGAGCUAUUACAGGAAAUAGCGGAAGAAGCGGCUAGGUACAAAUUAGGUGGAGAUGAUAAGAUCAGAGUAGCCGGUGGAGCAUGCGAUGGGAUAAUGGCUCAUCAAAAACACUUGUCAAACCUACUUGCUGCCUCCACUUUACUCAACCCUUCACCCGCAUCACCAUACACCCAAACACUUACUUUGCCAUUCGCUCAACCCGUUGUCAACUCCCGACGACUACAGCGAGCUGCCAAUUCUCCUUUCAGAGGUUCAGGGAAAGAUGCAGGUCCGUCCAAUGAGGGUCGGAUCGGUGAUACACCAACCAAGAAGAAGAAAGGGAGAGUACAUCAAUUAGGUAAUAAAGACGAUGAUGAGACGUCUAGUGUGGGUGGGGAUAAGGAGAAGAAGAAACCUGCCAAGAAGAGGAAACCUGUCAAUCGAGCUCAAUCACCUACAGAUUCGGUAGCAUCCACCUCAGCAUUUACCGGUAAACCCUCAGAGCCUCGUACAGCACGUCAACUCGCCGCUGCAGCCAGUCGAGCAAGGAAAGCAGAACAGGAUGAUGGGUCGGAUGACGAUUCGCGUGAUGAGCAUAUACCCUCUUCUAGAAAAGGCGGAGUGGGCAUGCAUAUCACUCAAUCGAGCGAUUCAUUGAUGGAAAGGAAGGACGGGGGAUUAGGGCUGGAUAUGGGAAGUGGAAGUAAGAGUGGAAAUGCUACUCCUAGCAAUAACAAUAGUGGGAAUGGUAAUAGGGGAGGAAGUAAAACGAAAGUGUUAGCUGGAGUUAAAAGAUCCCAUGAUGAACAGGAUGAUAGUGAUGAUGCCCUUGAUGAGGAAUACAAUCAACAACCUAACUCUCUAUCCCGAGUAUCAUCCGGGCUCAAAUCGAAUACUUCUGGAGGAGGGGCCAAGAAGAAGACUUCGACAAAUAUCAGUAAUGGCAAUAUUCCCAAUUACGAUGCUCCCGGCAUAGACGAUCAUGAUAAUAUCGUUGUGAAUGACGAAGUUGAUUCUAGAACUUACUGUACUUGCGGACAAGUCAGUUAUGGAGAGAUGAUUGGAUGUGAUGACGAUGAUUGUGAAAUUGAAUGGUACCAUCUUGCCUGUCUCAACCUCGACAAGACCCCUGAAGGUAAUUGGAUUUGCCCUCGAUGCGUGGAAAGGAGAAAGAGGCAACCUAAAGGUAAAAAAGCAUCGAAGGCUAAGAAGUCCAAAUAA